UCGGAAGCUGACUUCAGCAGCGUCCCAACAAGCAUGGUCUGGAGAAGCACCGUGGGGAUCAGUCAGUUGUAGUGAAAGACACAUUGCAACCUGCAGCUUGGACACUACUGAAGCAGCAUGUCGUGGCUCUUCGGCUGGGGGAAGGGCUCCGGGUCGCCGCCGGUGGAGGAUCAGACUGGGGCUGCUCCCUCUGAAGGGUCCGGGGGAACACCGGGAGGUUCGGGGGGAGACAAACCCGGAGAUAAGUGGAGUAACUUUGACCCGACUGGGCUUGAGAGAGCUGCAAAAGCUGCAAAGGAACUCGACAAAUCACGACAUGCCAAAGAUGCGCUGGCACUGGCUCGUAUGCAGGAGCAGACUGUACAGCUGGAACAUCAGAGUAAAGUGAAAGAGUACGAGGCGGCUUUGGAGCAGCUGAAGGGUGAACAGAUCCGCAUCCAGGAGGAUGAGAGACGGAAAACACUUGGAGAGGAGACAAAGCAAAACCAGGCAAGGGCACAAUACCAAGACAAACUUGCCAGGCAGAGGUAUGAUGAUCAACUCAGGCAACAGCAAUUCCUCAACGAGGAGAACCUUCGCAAGCAAGAGGACUCAGUGAUAAAGCAAGAGGCCAUGAGGAAAGCUACCAUCGAACAUGAAAUGGAGCUGAGACACAAAAAUGACCUGCUUCGCGUUGAAGCGGAGGCCAAAGCCCGCGCGCAGGUGGAGAGGGAAAACGCAGACCUGAUCAGGGAACAGAUCCGCCUGAAAGCUGCUGAGCACCGACAAACUGUCCUUGAAUCUAUAAGGACGGCGGGAACGGUGUUUGGGGAGGGAUUCAGGGCCUUCGUCUCUGACUGGGACAAACUCACAGCCACGGUCGCUGGGUUAACCCUGCUGGCUGCAGGAGUGUAUUCUGCCAGGAAUGCUACAGCGGUGGCUGGGCGCUACAUAGAGGCUCGCCUGGGCAAACCCUCACUGGUCCGAGAGACCUCCAGGAUUACUGUUGCAGAGGCCAUCAAACACCCAAUCAAGACAACCAAACGUCUGAGAAGCAGACCUCAGGAUGCGUUGGAGGGCGUAGUGCUCAGUCCAGCUUUGGAGGAGCGUGUGAGGGACAUUGCCAUUGCUACUCGAAACACACGGCAGAACAAAGGCCUGUACAGAAACAUCCUGAUGUAUGGACCCCCUGGGACUGGAAAAACACUUUUUGCCAAGAAACUGGCUCUCCAUUCAGGGAUGGACUAUGCCAUCAUGACAGGUGGGGACGUGGCUCCCAUGGGGAGGGAUGGAGUUACCGCCAUGCACAAGGUGUUUGACUGGGCAAGCACCAGCAGGCGAGGCCUCUUGCUGUUUGUAGAUGAAGCAGAUGCAUUCCUGCGUAAGCGAGCCACAGAGAAAAUCAGUGAGGACCUCAGAGCCACCCUCAAUGCCUUCCUCUACCGCACUGGGGAGCAGAGCAACAAGUUCAUGCUGGUGCUUGCUAGUAACCAGCCAGAACAGUUCGACUGGGCCAUUAAUGACCGCAUUGAUGAGAUUGUGAACUUUGCGUUACCGGAGCAGGAGGAGAGAGAGAGAUUGGUGCGCCUGUAUUUCGACAAAUUUGUCCUGGGUCCUGCCACUACAGGGAGACAGAGGUUGAAGUUGGCUCAGUUCGACUACGGCCAGAAGUGUUCAGACAUUGCAAUGCGAGCAGAGGGCAUGUCUGGUCGUGAAAUCUCCAAACUUGGUGUGGCCUGGCAGGCUGCAGCAUACUCUUCUGAAGAUGGAGUUUUGACCGAGAUGAUGAUUGACUCAAGAGUUGAUGAUGCCAUCAAGCAGCAUGCACAGAAAAUGGACUGGCUGCUGACGGAAGCAGGUGAGGGGGUUGGCAAGGUCGGUGUUCUCCUCCCUAAGGAAAUGGCUUCAAGAAUCGCAGGCCAGGAAGCCGCAACUCUUGCACAAGCUGAAGAUACAUCCGCACAACAAAUCCUUCCACUGCUUGAGGUUGUGAGCAGCGCUGCCCAGGCAGAAGCAGCCCCUUUACCCUCUGAAGUGGAGGCAGAUGUUAUCCUCAAGGAUGCAGCCACUUUGGUCAAAGAAAGUGAAGUUGUUGCUGCACCAACUGCUGAAACCGUUGUUGAGGCAGCUACUGCUGUGCCGUCGGUGCAGGAGGUUGAGGCCAUUAAGGAUCUGACUGAGGAGGUUUUAGGUACAGCUGCAGCUACAGACACUGUUGUACCUGAGAUAAAGGACAUAGUCACUGAGGUUAAAGAGGCUGAGGGUACACCAGCUUCCACUGUCCAAGAAACUGCUUCUGUGAGUAAAGAAGAAUCAAGCACUGAUGUUGCUGCGCAAGAGACCCUGACUACAGAAGUAGCCAUGGAGGAAAAGGAUAUUGCGGCACCCUUGGAAAUGACAGUCUCUGCUGUGGCUCAGGAGAAGGAAUUAGACACUGUUGUCUCUGAGGUUGUCCAGGAGCCAGAGGCUACCGUAGCUGGACUCUCCCAGGAGACUGUUGUUCAGCAGUCUGAGUCAGCAGCCACAUCUGUUGAUGGUGUAGAAAUUGAAGCUACGAAGACUGCUGAGGAGCAAUCAACUGAUGCUAUGAAAGUGGCAGAGGACAUUGCAAACAAUGUAGCUCAAGUGACUGAGUCUGUGGCAAACAUUGUGAAAGAGGCUGAAGUAAUUGCAACAGAUGUGGCCAAGGUGACUGAUGCUGUAGCAACCAUCGCAGAGGAGAUGGAGGCAGCAGUCAUCAAGGACGUUGAAGUGAUGGAAAGUGAGGUUGGCAAGGUCGCAAAUGAGGUUGCAGUAGAAACUGAGCCUGAAACAUCACAAAUUACUAAAGAGGUUGAAGUGGAAGUGACAGUGGUGGUGAAGGAGUCUGACAUUAUGGCUGCAGAGGUUGCCGAGACUACUACUAAGGAAGCAGAAGUCACCCCAUCAGAGUUUGCAGUGGAAACUGAAUCCACAGCCUCAGAAGAACUCAAGGAGCCUCAGAAUACUGCUACAGAGUUUACCGCAGAGGCUGAGACUUUGGCAACAGCGAAAGACCCUUCAAUUACAGAGGCUGCUGCCAAGGAAGAUGAGGUUAUCUCAGCAGAGGUUUCCAAGGAAGCAGAAGUCGUACUGACUAAAGCAACCCAACCAGAGUUUGCACUGGAAACUGAACCUGUACCUUCAGAGGUAGCUAAAGAGGCUCAGACUGUGGCUGCAGACUGUACCGUAGAGACUCUGGCUACAGAGAUUGUCAAAGAGCCAUUAUCUACAGAGACUGCUUCCAUGGAGGCUGAGGUCACCACUGCAGAGGUUUCCAAGGAAGUCCUACCAACCAAGGAGUCUGACACUGUAGCUACAGAAGAUGUGAAACUGCCAGAGACCACUGAGGUUGCUGCCAAGGAGGCUACAGCCAAAACAACAGAGGUUGCGGAGGAGGUAGAGACUGGGGUAACUGAAGUCCCUGAUGAAAAGGACUCAGCAGCUGUUCCUGACAUAAAAACCAAGGUUGAUACAGAGACUGUUGUGUCAGGACAGUCCGAGACUCUUGACAGUCCAACCGCCAAGCAGUCGGCUGAAACCAGUCAAACUGAGAGGCCUCCCAGCGCUACAGAAGCUGAAACCAGUCAAAUUGAGAAGCCUCCCAGUACUACAGAAGCUGAAACCAGUCAAAUAGAGAAGCCUCCCAGUACCACAGAAGCUGAACCCAGUCAAACUGAGAAGCCUGAGAAAAAACAGAGUGCAGAUGGCACUGACAAACCUCAAGCCGACUCUACUCCAACAAAAUGAUAACUUGGGAUAUUUGAUGAGAUGUAAUUGUAAAAAAGAUUGUAAAUCAAUCCAACACCUGAGCCUUAUUCCUCAUGUUUUCAAAGGGAGAAGUCUGAAUCAUUUACCCUGAAUUCUGUCUGCUCUUCUAUCAAUACCGUUGUAACCCAAUGCCCAGGAAUGCCAAGAUUAAGCUAACAGUUUGAUUAAUGCUUGUAGGUUUGCAGAAGUCUGAGUAAAGGGAUGUAUGGACACAUCCACCAAAUGGACCAUCUGAAAUGUUUGCUGAGCGGUUAUGGCAAGAGUUCAAUUACACGUCGGCAAAAUGUUCAUUAAGAACAUUUCUUCCCUGGCUCUUCUUAGCAAGACCAGUGCAGUUGAGACCUGACCUUGACAAAUAUUAUUUUCACCUUCCAUGGUGUGACAGUGGGUCCUGCUGGUUAAAGGGUACAUUGACAGUUUUUCAAGUUUGUCUUAAAACAAUGGUCCCAUAUGAACAUUGAAACAGGUUUUGCUCGCUGUAAUCUUUCCUC